GGAGUGGUAGGCGUGGCCGACCGGAGUUGGUUGCUCGGCCGAGGCACGCAGGGUGAGGAUCAGAUUUUAGUCGGCUCCCGGUUCGGCCAUAGCGGAAGUGCGGAGCCACGCGGCUCUCGGGUGCGCAGAGCUGCAGCGAGAGGGAGAUGGAGGGGAGCCAGGCGGCGACGGGGACCGAUGGUGUCCGCGAGCGGGGAGGCUCGGGCGGAGCGGGAAGGAGGGAGCAGAACCGAGAUGAGCGACCUCAAUCCGGGACGAACGGUCUCCCGAAACACUCCUACUGGCUGGAUCUCUGGCUUUUCCUCCUUUUCGACCUGGUGUUGUUCAUCUUCGUGUACCUCUUGCCCUGACUGCUUUACCGAGACAUCAAGAAUGUGGCCUCUGGAGCGAAUCCUGAAUACUACAAACUUCUUGAAUAAAGAGGAUUUUCAGCUGCCGAAUUCCAGACCUCUAACCUCGCCUUAAGCCUUGACCUCCCUAAAAUAGCACAAUGCCUUUUGAGCCUGUAUUUAAUGCUUGAAUUAAUAUGAUUGUAGCUAAAUGGUAUAUAAUAUAUAUAUUUUAAUAAUGCCUGUAACUUAAGUACUU